AUGAAUGAGAUGCAGUUCUACGAAGCAGAUCGGCCUGGCUUGAACAAGAAUGCCUUCCCUGCGCUGAGCCAUCAGGCCCACCAUCCCCAUGUCUGUGACAUGGACAUUCAGGUGAAGAUCACCAAGGAUACUUUAGUCCAGGGCUUCCGGAAGGCUGUGGUGAUUGUGCUUGCGAUUGAGAAGAUGAAAAAGAGCCCCAAAGCACUUCAGCUUUUCACUGAUGAGGAUCUGAUGGACAUCUUCAACACUGUCUUAGAACCUGUAGAUUUUGACACCUCUGAAUUCACGUAUGCGCCAGAUUCCAUCUACCAGUUCUCAGAAGACAUCUGCUGUGAUAUUGAAGACAUUGACCACAAAUCUCUUGUCUUGCAUGAGCCUGCACAGCUGGUGGCCGUGCACCUGCAAGGCCCCAACACCAGCCAUGCAGUGAGGCUAAAAAUGUCUGUAUAUCGCCCGAAAAUGGAGGCAGGCACGAGAAAAACCCCCGUUGCCCUGAACAUCAAGGGGAGGAAACUCUAUCUGUCGUGUGUGUGGAACGGAGGGCAGCCAGUGCUGCAGCUAGAGGAGACCAACAUCCAAGGAGAUCUUGACCAAUCUACGCUAGGCCGCUUCCUUUUCUACAGAGUUGUCAUUGGAAAGCACACAAGGUUUGAAUCGGCUGCCUUCCCUCACUGGUACAUCUGUACCUCCUCGGAGUCUGAUGAAGUUGUUGGCAUGACUAACCGGCUUGGGGAAGUCUUCAUUGUGGAUUAUAAGGUCACAAGCCAGUCCUGAUAAUAUGUUUCAACUAUGAUUUUGUACCUUCUACACCUGUUUGUCCAUGGCCUGUACUAAGGCCUUCUUCCUCUGGAAGGGAGCAGACGUCUCCUAGAAUCUAGGGGGAAGCACUUAAGGAUGUGAGAACUCUUUAAAAGAAAUUUCCUCACUGGUUCUCAAUAUUAA